ACAAAUCCUCACUGUGUAAUAGAUUUGCAAAUCAUACAUAGAUAUAAAUUGCACUACACAAAUUCUGUACAACAGAUUCGACUCAGAAAAGAUUGAAGGGGAACUAAUUUUGGGCUUCUACAUUCAAAUUCUGUACAACGUUUCACUCUCUUUCUUCUAUUGGAUAUCUGGAAAAAAAAGGAUUAUAGUAGGAGUUCAAUCUCAGGGAGAGUCUGAAUUCUUGCAAAGAGAUGUCAUUACUUGCCAGUACCACCAGGAGUGUAACUUCUUUGCCAAUUGUGAGAGCAGGGGAUCAAUGCCAGAAACAAUUUAAGCCAAUAGUAUCAGUUCCAGCUGGCCUCCAUCCGGCUGGCAUGCAGUUACAACUCAAUAACAAUAGAAGAUGCUUGAGAUGUUGUGUUCAAGAAAAGCGUGCUUCAAUAAUAUGUGCUGCUGCUCUGAAUGCAAGAUGUGCUGAAGGCCAGACACAGACGGUUACACGGGAAUCAUCAACCAUUACAGUUGCACCAGUUCAAGGAAAGGAGAAAUCUCCUGAACUGGAUGAUGGUGGCACUGGGUUUCCCCCUCGUGAUGAUGAUGGAGGCGGAGGUGGAGGUGGGGGUGGUGGAGGCCAUUGGAAAGGUGGUUUCUUCUUUUUCGGGUUUCUUGCUUUCCUAGGCUUGUUGAAGGACCAGGAGGAGGAAGGACCCUAUCGGGACCAACGGAGAAGAAGAAAACCACAAUACUGAUACAUAGAAAUCAAAAUAAAUUUAGGCCAAACCCAUCGGUGCCCCCCUAAAGUUGGCACCAACUUUCACUUAGACACUUUAACUAGGCUUUGUUCAUUUUAGACACCUCAAGUAAGACCCGAAUGUGUCAUUUUGACACUUUGUGCUGACUUGGCACAUUGCGUGUGUUGCACUCAUUUUAAGCGCGUGAAGAAAAUUUUUUUCUUU